UAUCGCCAAUCGUUAUCGUACCGUUGCAACUUGUCCACAAAACAUGGCCUCUAAGACGUCGAAUAUCAAUAUUUCCCAAGUGAUACCGAAAAACGAGCAAAUCAUCGAAAGGAAUCUAAUUUGGCGGAGAUUAUUCGAGAAAUUUUCGGAUAUCACCCUUGACGAGGAAGACCCUGGCAUGGCCGCAUCCGAGCUGACGAAUGCUGCUCAGAACCAAGCCUCUACCGAACAAGCCGACGAAAGUAAUGCAUCCGAUGUGGAGGAAGUCGAGGAAGCCGAUUGUAAUUCUUCGUACGACACGAAAGACGCCGAUAAACAAUUGGCGGUGGCACUGAAAAAGCGACGUACUGAAUGGAAAAGGAACGGCUUGGACAAAGUUCUGCAGGACAAUCACUUUGACCACCUAAACAGUGCCGAUAUGAUGAACUGGCUGAACGAUUGCGUGGCUGGCCAGAGCAAGGUAAUGAACCGGGUAAAAGAAACGCGUUUCACACACCACGACGGUGACAAUACGAUGGAUGCUAGCUGUGCGAACAAUGUUUCGGUCCUGAACAGUGCCAGCAAGCAAAUGGUUUCGACCAUGAAAAAUUCAAAUUACAGAUUCACGCACGGACCGAAAAAGAAGAUCGUUGUCCACGAAAUGGUUAAAAGUACGUUCACCACACUAUACAGCGAGGAUUGUGCUGAGCUGGAACGGAUGUUCGGAUUUGAUUUCGGCCACUCGCUGAUCAGAGAACCGAAGCCGUCGAAACAAGUUACAUUUGGAACGAUCGGGAAACUCGCAAACCCUCAAAUCAAAGAUCCCUACGAAGUGCAAUGUCAGCAAGCACGGAAGUUGAGAGUUCGAAAUAUCGCUCCAAUCAACAAAUCUGGGAAAAAUGAGUCCACCAAUAAGUUGACAAACUUAAUGCAGGCAGAUAACAGCAGUAGCGAAGACAAAGAAAAUUGUUCCGAUAGCGACGAAUCAUCGCCGAGAAAGCCGAUAAAUCGUGUGGUGAAAGCAGCAGCCCACAAACAAGCAUCGUAUAAUAAAGUCGCGUUAAAGAAAUCACAUAAAACGACUGCAAGUGGAAAUAAAACUAUAUCGGCCACGAGCAUGAAGGCUACAAAAGAACCCGCGCACGGUCGUGACGAUGCUGACAGUGACAGUGAUCAUGUGUUGGCCUCCUUAAAGAAGAAAUCCAAUCGACGGCAACGGGCUAGAAAAGUGAAAGUGAAAAUGCUGAGUUCCAGUUCGGACAGCGAGCGCGAUACGAAGACAACCGUAAAUCAUACCGAUCUAGGAAAAGCGAUUCCGGUUACUGAUGACAGGAAGAAUGGAAGUAAAUCAUCCGUUGCACCUCCCCAGGACUGCAACGGCAAGGCCGUAUGCUCCGAAAUGCCGCACUACGAACUACCGGUUCCCAACGGACAACCCAAGCGAGGUAUUGUCAUUUAUCGACCGAAACAGGUUCAGCAUGGCCUGCUGCCCACAGCACAGAUGCAGUUAGCAAGUAAAAACCUCGACCUCACUGGUAUCGGUUCCGAAACGAAGCGCAAGAAAUUCGACAACUUCUCCCGCAUCAUUCACCCGAACUCGACGAUCGUAUAUUACAUUAGCGAAUCGGAAGAUGAAUCCGAUUCCGAGGACGACUCGUUAGAUGACGAAGAUUUGCUUAAAACAUUCCGCCCGUUGCACCUCGUCGAGUAUCGUUACUGUAAAGAUAAAAUGGGACCGUAAUGUUACAACACAACAAAACAAAUAAGGUUAGUGUACGCGUAGAGUCCACCGUGGACAUGUUAAUAAUAGACUAAUUAGUAUUGCGUCCAGCAGCAACAUACACACCGUUCGCAUCGAACUGAGGAAUGAACUAAUAUUGC